UUAAUAAUCUUAAUCUUAAUCCCUCACUGACUCAACCCCCUUAAGAAACUCGUGUGAACUCCGCAAAACAAACGACAAUCCAAACAGAUUCAAUUUGCACUCGAGGUGAAGUUAUGUGUUGAGGAAGGUCCUGGAGAGUUCGGGAGGUUUUCUGAGGAGAGGGUUCAGCUGAAUUAUAAGUGAUGUGGACCAAUGUUUUCAGAAUUGGAGGUCUUCAUCAUGUAUCAUGGUUCCAGUUUCUCCCCAAUGAAUCUGAUGUGAAUACUCUUCCUGAUAAAAGGUGCAACAGUGUGAAACUGGACCAGAAAGAUGCUGCUACCUUCCUGGUACUUACUUCUCAUCUUCAGUUGCAGAAGGAGGGAUUUCUCAGCACAUGGACAAAUUCCUUUGUUGGACCUUGGGAUCCAUCUCAGGGUCUGCACAAUCCUGAUGAAAAGAUUAAGCUCUGGCUAUUUCUUCCUGGGCGCCACUCAUCUGUUUCAGAAACCGCUCAAGCUGCUGUAUCAAGAUUAAGAGUUGUUGCAUCUGGGCUUUGGGUUGCUCCUGGGGACUCAGAAGAGGUUGCAGCCGCCCUUUCUCAGGCUUUAAGGAACUGUAUAGAAAGAGCACUUAUUGGACUUUCCUACAUGAGAUUUGGAGAUGUAUUCUCAAAGUAUCAUCAAUCUCAAAGUGAAGAAUCUUUCAGGAGAGGCCAUCCAACAGUUGAGUUCGUCUUUGCUGCCACUGAAGAGGCAAUCUUUGUGCAUGCUGUAGUAUCUGCAAAGCAUAUACGUGCGCUUUCCGGUGGUGAUGUGGAAAGAGUAUUAGCACAUUCAUCUAACAGCAGUUCCAAUUUCAAACUUCCAGUGAUAGUUUCUCCUCAUGGUAUGCGUGGUAGGCUCACUGGAUUUUGUCCGAACGAUCUUGUCAAGCAAGUAUAUUUUAGUGCUGGCAAGUCUAGGACUACAAAUGGAUGUAUAGGUCUACCAUAUAAUGUUUCACAAGGUUCUGGUUGCCAGCUGAAUGGGCAAAAUUGCUACGUUGAAGUUACCCUUGGUUGCCCUAGAUCUUGUAGUGAUAAAACAUCGCAAGCAAACUCAAAUUCAGUAAGGAAUUUACCCAAGCAUAACUCUGCUGAAUCUCCUCCAGUUGGAAGAAGUGAUCAGAAGGGACCACCAGAUCACUUAUCGGUGUAUGAAAAGACAUUUAUCUAUCCAGUUGAAGCCGUGCUUGUCCCUGUCUUGCAAACAUCAUUCUCCAGAUCUUCUUUGAGAAGAUUUUGGCUGCAAAAUUGGAUAGGGCCGUCAAUGGCUGGUUCAUCUUUCCUCAUGCAUUGUUUUGGUAAUUUAGACUCAAUGGAAGGAUCUUGGGUUGAAACCAAUGGAAUGCAUACUCGUGGUUAUAAUAGUAGUAGCAAUAGCAAUAAUAGUAGCUUUAACUCCGUAAGUGGCAGCUCCAGUGAUAGUGAUUACAAGAUGACCAUAGGAACUGGUGAUCUUGAGGCAGAUGCGGAUUCUUUAACGUGUAGGCAGUCUGGUUUAUCUUCUAGUAAUCAGCUACAAAAUGAUGGCCCUAAAUUGGGUUCUAAGCGCCCUCGAAUGGGGAUGGCAGACUCAUUUGGUCAACUGGGUACAGUUACAAAUGCUUCUGAUUUAGGUUCUGUAGAAAAUAAUUCAGGGAUUACUGGAGUUACAAAUGAUCAGAUCUGGGACUGGGAUGAUGAUGACAGAGGCAAUGGCAUGGAUAUCCAAGCUCUUCUAUCAGAGUUCGGAGAUUUUGGUGACUUUUUUGAAAAUGAUGCCUUGCCUUUUGGGGAGCCCCCAGGAACUGCAGAGUCUCAGGCUCUUAUUUUUUCUGCUCCAGACAGUGGAGAUGUAGGUAGCAGUCCAGUUGUGCUAAUGGAUGUUUCAGAUCAGAUGCUAGUGCCUGUUAAUUUUCCCUCUUUUGAGAGCUUUAAUUCGCAGCCUCCAGUGGCCAUAGAGGAGUGUGUCAGCAAAAGCCAAGAAGUCACGAACAGUGCUCUGACAUCAGGUCCAGUGAACCAUACUCCAGCUUCUUCCACGGGUGAGUUUGAUCAUCUAAUGAAAGCUGAAGCACUGAUGACCUUUGCACCAGAAUAUGGAGCAGUUGAAACUCCUACAAGUGAGUUGUCCUCAACGAUCUUCAGAAGCCCAUAUCAUCCUAAGUCUCAUAAAGUAGAAAGUUCAAAUUCAAGCACAAAUAAUUAUGUAUAUGGUGCAACCCCACCCUCCUCUCCUUGCAUUGAUGGAUCAGAUGAGAAGAAUGGCAUGCCUGUGAAGUCGAAACCAAGUACUGGAAAGCAUGAUUCAAGUGGUUUCCUCCAGUCAAAGAAAUAUUACACUCAUGUGGAGAGCUCUAGAGACCAACAUGACAGGAAAUCAUUAACACAUAAAGACAGCAAUGCUCCAAGCGAGGGGGUGCUUUUAUCCCCAUUCUCUAAUUUCAGUUCUACAAACGCUGUCACAGCUGUCUCAAGGAAAAUGAAUGAGGGCACAUUAGGAGCGGAGCAUUUUUUUAUGCCUCUGAAGAAUGUGCUUGCAACUGAAGUUGAAUGCAUUAUGUUCCAAGCUUCCAUGUGCAGGAUACGCCAUGUACUUCUAUUCUCCAGUAACCCUUCACCUAUGAGCUUGAGUAGGUUCGCUGGAAGCGUGGUGUUGAAUCAGUUGCCUGGUGACUCAAGUACCAUGACAGAAAGCAUGUCUGGCAGGUAUGAGGUCAAGAAGAAAGAAAACAUUCCUGUUAGGAUUGCUGGUGAUAUUGAUGGAGGAAUACUUGAUGGGCACCUUAAUGCACCUGUUGGUGUAUGGCGUACUGUUGGAGUUACUAAAGCUUCAAAAGCUACUAAUUCACCAAGCAUUGAAGCUAGUCCAUCUAUGCCUCAUAAUUCAUUCAGUGAGGAAGGUAUGCUCUCCUAUGGGCAUAGGCAACCCCUUCAAGAACUUCUUGAUGGCAUGGCAUUUCUUGUCCAACAAGCUACCUCCUUUGUUGAUGUGGCCCUGGAUGCGGAUUGUGGUGAUGGUCCUUAUGGUUGGCUUGCAUUGCAAGAGCAAUGGAGGCAUGAAUUUUCUUGUGGACCUUCCAUGGUCCAUGCUGGUUGUGGAGGGACUUUGGCUUCUUGUCACUCCUUGGACAUUGCUGGCGUGGAGCUAGUAGAUCCACUUUCUGCUGAUAUUCAUUCUUCUUCUGUAAUUAGUUUGCUGCAGUCUGAAAUUAAAUCAGCCUUAAAAUCUGCUUUUGGCGUUUUGGAUGGUCCGUUGUCUGUCACUGAUUGGUGCAAAGGCCGUGCUCAAUCAGUUGAUGCAGGAGCCUUAGCUGAUGGAUCUGCUGAAUCUAUUGUAAGUGAAGGCAGAGAUUCUUCAAGUACUGUUACUUUAUCUGUAGGAGAAGCAAUGAGUCCAUCCCAAUCUUCUGGUGGCGGAACUAAGAUGGAUGAAACAAGCCAAAGGAGAUUAAACCAAGAUAUUGCCAAUUCAGAGUCAGAACAACAAUUGUCUGCCCGUUUAAGGCCCACACUUUAUGUCCUUCCUUCACCUGCUAUACUCGUUGGGUACCAGGAUGAUUGGCUUAAGACGUCAGCAACCUCUUUACAGUUCUGGGAGAAGGCACCUCUUGAACCAUAUGCUUUACCAAAACCAGUCACUUAUAGUGUUAUAUGUCCAGACAUUGAUCCCCUUACUUCUGCUGCGGCCGAUUUUUUCCAACAACUAGGAACUGUUUAUGAGACCUGCAAGCUGGGAACUCAUUCACCACAGAAUUUGGGAAAUCAAAUGGAGAUAGAUUCGGGGAAAUCACCAUCUUCGGGUUUUGUUCUACUGGAUUGUCCUCAAUCAAUGAAAAUAGAAAGCAGUAAUGCGUCACUUGUGGGAUCGAUAAGCGAUUAUUUUCUCUCACUGUCCAAUGGCUGGGACUUGACAAGCUUUUUAAAGUCUCUCUCGAAGGCUCUCAAAGCUUUGAAACUUGGUACAAGUUUGUCCACAAACCUAAAAGAAGGAAAUAGUGGUCCUUGUACGGUAAUCUACGUGGUGUGCCCCUUCCCGGAGCCUAUGGCCGUUCUACAAACUGUUAUUGAAUCUUCUGUUUCUCUUGGAUCAAUUACAAAUUCAUCUGACAGAGACAGGAGAUCUAUUUUGCACAGUCAGGUUGGGAAGGCAUUAAGCUGCUCAGCUGCUGUGGAUGAAGCAUCUGUAUCCAAUGUUCUAGUGAUUUCUGGUUUCAGCAUUCCCAAGUUGGUACUGCAAAUUGUGACAGUUGAUGCCAUUUUUAGGGUUACAAGUCCAGGUUUUAAUGAACUUCUUGUUCUCAAGGAGACUGCAUUCACCAUAUACAACAAGGCUCGGCGAAUUUUACGAGGAUCCUCUAAUGAUAUGGUUAAUACAUCAUCAUUUUCUGGUAGAUCUCAUUCGGUUUUAACUCAAAUGACUUCUAUUCCAGGGAUGUGGAAGGAUUGUGUUGGUUCUCGAAUGACAGGACCUCCCCUUCCUAGAGAGGGUGAAAUCGAUGCUACCUUGAGGCCUAAUACUUGGGAUAAUUCCUGGCAAACUAGAACUGGUGGAUUAAGUUGUGAUCCUAACAGAAACGGAGAUUUUAUUCUUCAAGAUGAAAUUCGUUUUUUGUUUGAACCACUUUUUAUUCUUGCGGAACCUGGCUCCCUAGAGCAUGGACUUCAAUCUACAGUUUUUGGUAAUCCAACUUCUGAAUCAUCAAAGCAAUUGUCCGAUGAUGUUAGUGGAGGCUUCAUGCCUAGUGGAAGUUCGGUGGGAAGUGUUGAAGCUGGAUCAAGCUCUCAGCUUGAUGGAUCUGAGUCUGAUGGCUUUGGGUCUGCCCAUCAAAAGACUCUUCCAAGCCUACAUUGCUGUUAUGGGUGGACAGAGGACUGGCGUUGGCUUGUAUGCAUCUGGACUGAUGCUAGGGGAGAAUUGCUUGACAGCCAUAUAUUUCCAUUUGGUGGAAUCAGUAGUAGGCAGGACACAAAAGGUCUGCAAUGCCUAUUUGUGCAAGUUUUACAGCAAGGCUGCCAGAUAUUGCAGACAUGUUCUCCUGAUUCCGGUGCUGCAAAGCCAAGAGAUUUCGUGAUUGCACGCAUUGGAAGUUUCUAUGAGCUUGAAUACCUAGAGUGGCAGAAAGCCAUUUAUUCAGUUGGUGGGUCUGAGAUGAAGAAAUGGCCUUUGCAACUACGUCGAUCUGUGCCUGAUGGGAUGCCUUCAAGCAGUAAUGGCACGUCCUUGCAGCAGCAGGAGAUGAGUUUGAUCCAAGAGAGGGCACUGCCAUCCUCACCUAGUCCAUUGUAUAGCCCUCACUCAAAAUCUUCUGGCUUUAUGAAAGGUGGUUUAGGACAACCUGCCGCAAGAAAACAGCUUAUUAGUGGACAUACAAUGGUUGACAACUCAAGGGGGUUGCUUCAGUGGGUACAGAGCAUCAGCUUUGUUGCAAUUUCAAUCGACCAUUCUUUACAUUUAGUUCAUCAAGCAGAUUCACCAUCUCCUGGAGGAAGUCAAGGUAGCAGUGCUGUGGGCCUGUCAGGCUAUUUGGAAGGUUUCACCCCUGUAAAGUCCCUCGGUGCUUCAUCUGCAUCAUACAUAUUGAUCCCAUCACCCAGCAUGCGCUUCCUUCCUCCAACACCUCUCCAGCUCCCCACAUGCCUUACUGCCGAGUCUCCCCCCCUCGCUCAUCUCCUUCACAGUAAAGGCUCUGCAAUUCCCGUUUCCACAGGUUUUGUGGUCUCCAAAGCUGUACCAUCUAUGAGAAAAGACCGCAAGAACAACUUGAAAGAAGAAUGGCCUUCUGUACUUUCAGUUGGUCUAAUUGAUUAUUAUGGAGGUAAUAACAUUACCCAAGAUAAAAUCGUAAGGGGAAUUAUCAAGCAGGGAAGAAGGACUGUAAGCUCAGAAGCUAAAGAUUUUGAAAUAGAGACCCAUUUGAUUCUCGAGUCUAUUGCAGCAGAACUUCAUGCCCUGUCAUGGAUGACUGUGAGCCCUGCUUACUUGGAGCGUCGAACUGCACUGCCUUUUCACUGUGAUAUGGUUUUAAGAUUGAGAAGGUUGCUUCAUUUUGCUGAUAAAGAGCUUACACAGCAGGCAGAUAAGUCACAAGUGUAGGAUAGUCUGAUAGCAGCACAUCACACGCUUGUUCUCUUACUGCAUUUCUCAAUGAAAGGGGAAUGUACAAGCUAGCUCUGUUGGUCAUGCGAGACUGCUUUUAUGCUUGGAUGUCCAAUAACAUGUACAUGUAUUUAUGUAUUUAAUAGUAUCUCACUGAUCAGUAGUUGUGCUUUUAGAAUUUCCAGAAAGAAAUCAGUCUAGGAAGCGAGAUAGUUAGGCCUAACUUAUGUAGUUACAGUUAUCAGAUUACAGAAAUGUUAAUGAGCCUUGUUGGAAAGCUCUAUUUUACUCUAAUCACUGUGAUUAGUAGAUUCGCCCAUUUUUAAGAGAUCUUGUAUCAUCCAAUUUUGUUACUCAAUUCUUUCAUAGAUGUUUGUAAGAACUACAA